UUUGCUGUCUUUCCCCUGCUUCUUUCUGCCGGCUGCAUCCGGGGUUGAGCUUCCUGGGUCAGAAAGCUGCUGCUGAAUCCAUAGGGACCCGGGCGUCCCCCGCCCCCUACAGAGCAGCCGCCGAUGCCCCCAAGGGAACGCCGCUCCGCACCAGGGGUCUCCCGCGCCCGGCCGUGGUGGGGGACCGGAUCCGGCUGGGAACCCCCCGCACUGGCCCGCCCCGGGUGAGGAGGAGGAGGCGGCGGCGGCGGCGGCAACCCCGGGGUCUCAAACUAUUAACCCGGGAGCAGCCGGAAACGCCAGGGAUUUGAAAGAGAAGGUUCUGCCACGUGGUUCAGAGUCGAGGACGCUUGUCAUUUCACAAGUCAGCAACUUUACAGAAGUACUUUUGUGCAUCUCCCUGAGAGUGACAUCAUGCAAGAGAACUAUGAGAAUGUGAUCUCAUUGGCGGAGGAGAUUGCAAUCAGCUGGCCCAGGAUAACUGCUUUUGCUGAGUCCCACAGAAGGAGAGGUCUGAUGUCUGACACGGAGCCUGAACAAGGCCCAGUGGAACAGGCCCCCAUGCAGGACCCAGUUGUGGCGGGUCCAAGUGAAGGUGGAAUAAACGCUGAUCUGCGGCGGCAGCUGGGCCUCAUCCUGCAGACUGCUGGCAGGAGCCAGGUGGAGAAGAUGCUGCGGGAGCUGGUGAAAGAACAGAGCCAGGAUGGGAAGCGCAGACCUCGGAAGAAGGUGCUCAGGAGCCCCAAAAACGAAGUUGCUGACGAGAACGAAGAAGAGCUACAGGCAGAAGAGGACAGCUCAGCGAAGGUGGAGCCACCAGGUACCCAACUAGGGACAUCUGAUGGCCAGGGUGAGGGUAACACCAAUGACAGCCAAGGCCACCUCAGCUCAGAAGAACACCAGCUGCUACAGGUGCCGACUGUACAUCAGAGGGAGAGGAAGACAUCCAGAAAGCUAAAAGACCAGCCUGCAGCUCCAGCUGCAGCAGAAAGACCAGGGGUCUGCAUAGAGUGUGGGAAGAAGAACUUGGGUGGUAGUGGGCGAGGCCACAGUGAACCCACACCGGACAGACCGCAUCAGUGUGCCGAGUGUGGACGUUGCUUCCGGCAGCGCUCCAUCUUGGCUAAACACCAAAAGAUCCACACAGGCGAGAAACCCUAUCCGUGCACGGCCUGUGGCAAACGGUUCAACCGUAGCUCCAACCUGGCACAACACCAGCGUGUGCACACAGGGGAGCGCCCCUUCCCCUGUGCUGCCUGCGGCAAGGCCUUCACCCAAAAAUCAGACCUGGAGCGGCAUCAGCGCGUGCACACAGGGGAACGGCCAUACUCCUGCCAAGACUGUGGCAAGCGCUUCUCUGUCAGCUCCCACCUUGACCGGCACAGACGCACGCACCAACACAAUCCCCAAGAAGAACCCCCUGCUGCUGCCCCAGCCCCAUCUGCUCACUGCUGCCCCGACUGUGGGAAGUGUUUUGGCCAGCGCUCGGCACUCUCCAAGCACCGUAAGACUCAUUCCGGUGAGCGCCCUUUCCCAUGCAGUGCCUGUGGCAAGCGUUUCAGUCGCAGCUCCAACUUGGCACAGCACCAGCGUAUUCACACUGGCGAGCGCCCAUUCCCCUGUAGCGACUGUGGCAAACGGUUCAUCCAGCGCUCUGACCUGGAACGCCACCAGCGUGUGCACACUGGUGAGCGCCCCUACACCUGCGCUCAGUGCGGCCGGGGCUUCUCAGUGAGUUCUCAUCUUGACCGGCACCAGAGAGUCCACCAAGCCCAGGCUGCUGCAGCUGCCGCACACCGCUGCCCCGAGCAUGUGAAGGGCUUCCUCCUCAGCACUGGGGGCAAACAGCUUCUCAAACACCAGCUGUACAGCAGCAAGGGGCGCCUCACGCGCAGCGGCCACUGCUUGGACUGCGGCAAGAGCCUGGGCAAAGUCCCGCUGCAGUUGCCGGCGCCCCCUGUUGAGAAGCCUUUCAAGUGCCAGGACUGUGGGAAAGCUUUUGCCCAGCGGUCGGCCUUGGUUAAGCACCAGCGCAUCCACACAGGGGAGAAGCCGUUCUCCUGCAUGGACUGUGGCAAGGCGUUCAUUCAGAAAUCAGACUUGACCAUCCACCAGCGCAUGCACACCGGCGAGAAGCCGUACCGCUGUGACACCUGCGGCAAGUGCUUCAGUGUCAGCUCCAACUUGCUGACUCACCAGCGCACCCACUUGGGCGAGAAGCCCUACGCGUGCGGGGACUGCGGCAAGGCCUUCAUCCAGCGCUCAGAGCUCACCAUCCACCAGCGCACCCACACCGGGGAGAAGCCCUACAAGUGCAGCAUCUGCGGUAAAUGCUUCAGCCGCAGCUCCCACCUCAACCGCCACCAGCGCACCCAUAGCAACGACAAGGCCUCUGCCGGCACUGGCCUGGCCCCUGCUUCGCUGCUGACUGUCGGCACCCCCAAACCUGUCGCUUCUCUUUCCGCUUCAUCCUUCUCUGCUUCCUACCCCUCACCCAACCCUCUUCCAACCUUGCCUUCCUUCCCCUCCUCUCCAUCAUCCCUCCCCAUCCCUUCCUUGGACCUGCCCUGGUCUCUCGCCUUUCCAUCCCGGGGCUUUUCUCAUCCAUCUUUCGCUUCUCCUGCUCCAGGCAGUGCUCAGACUUCAUCCCUAAUAAACUAGGCCUUUCCCUUCCAAAAGGCUCUCUCCAUUCCUGGCCCACUGCCUCUCUCCAACUUUGCCUUCUUAUCCAACUUCGCUAACAAAUGAAUGAUGCCACAAGUUGCCAUACAAAUGUACAUAAUCAUGCAAUGAAUUCCUCUCCCC